GAGAAGAGUAGGAUAGUGAAACUAUUCUCGAUACUCUAUUACGCUUUAUCGUCUCUCAACCCAACGCAAGCCAACAACUAGUUAGAUUAGAGGGAAGCUUUUGUAUUCUACUUGCAACUCUCUCUCUGCAUCGCUUUAUUGUUCCGAUUAGGGCACCCAAACUCGCUCCUUGAAUCACAACCUUAUCGCUCAUCUUUGUUCUUCAGGUUUCUCGGAGGCACUUGAUUCCGUGGUUCCGCACUUUUAUAGUGUGGUUUAUCAUUUUCACUUCAAAUUCUAAACGGAAUGGGAACUGUGAAAUUCGACGAUUGAUCAAUUUAUGUGGAAAUGCUUUAAUUUGUGGUUGAUUGCUAGGGAGCAGUACACGAAAUUCUGUUGAAUUUGGUUGUUCAUUGGUUUAUGAGAGGAACUUUAUAUUGUUCACACAUCUGUUGCUGAAUAAAAAAGGGACGGGUGUUUUUCAGCACAGUGAUGCCUUUUGGCUUGACGUUCUGAAAUCCAUGCAAUGUCGAGCUUACUUAAUUCUUCUCUGAACGGAUCUGCUUCAAAUCUUCCAGAUGGUGCUGCUGGACGUUCCUUUGCUACGUCAUUUUCUGGUCAGUCUGGUGUAGCCUCGCCAGUUUUUCAUCACUCUGGUUCUAUUCAGGGAUUGCACAACAUUCAUGGGAGUUAUAAUGUACCCAAUAUGCCUAGUUCACUUACAUCAAGAAACUCAACGUUAAAUAGUUUACCAACUGGGGGAGGAGUUCAACAACCUUCAGCAAGCCUUUCAAGUGGACGAUUUGCAUCAAAUAAUUUACCCGUUGCUCUGUCACAGCUAUCUCAUGGAAGCUCCCAUGGACAUUCAGGAGUCAACAGUAGAGGAGGUAUAAGUGUUAUAGGAAAUCCUGGAUUUAAUAGUAGCACAAAUGGAGUUGCUGGUCCUAUUCCUGGGAUUCUUCCAACUUCUGCUGCAAUUGGUAACCGAAAUGCUGUUCCAGGAUUGGGAGUAUCCCCAAUUUUGGGAAAUGCAGGUCCUCGAAUCACUAGUUCGAUGGGAAACAUGGUUGGUGGGGGGAACAUUGGGAGGAUAAGCUCUGGAGGAUUGUCUGUUCCUGCCCUUGCUUCUCGUAUAAAUUUAGGUGGAAAUGCUGGAUCUGGUGGUUUAGGUGUGCAAGGACAGAAUCGAUUGAUAAGUAGUGUUCUUCCACAAGGAUCUCCACAGGUAAUUUCAAUGCUAGGAAAUUCCUAUCCUAGUGCUGGAGGUCCACUUUCUCAAAGUCAUGUUCAAACAGUAAAUAACUUGAACUCUAUGGGGAUGCUGAAUGAUGUGAAUUCCGGUGACAGUUCACCAUUUGAUAUCAAUGACUUCCCUCAACUGACCACUCAUCCUAGUUCUGCUGGUGGGCCUCAAGGACAGUUGGGUUCUUUACGAAAACAGGGUAUUGGAGUUAGUCCCAUUGUCCAGCAAAACCAAGAGUUUAGUAUUCAAAAGGAAGACUUCCCAGCUUUACCAGGAUUCAAAGGUGGUAAUGCCGAUUUUGCAAUGGAUAUGUACCAGAAAGAACAACUUCAUGAUAACACUGUGUCAAUGAUGCAAUCUCAGCAUUUCUCUCAGAUGGGCCGAUCUUCUGGUUUCAGUUUGGGGGGAUCAUAUCCAUCACAUCGCACACAGCAGCAUACCCCUUCAGUCACUAGUAAUGGUGUCUCCUUUUCAUCUGUAAACAGUCAAGACCUCCAUUUGCAUGGAACAGAUAUGUUUCCGUCUUCACACUCAACUUAUCAUUCCCAGACCAGUGGACCUCCUGGCAUUGGACUAAGGCCUUUAAAUUCUCCAAAUACGGGUAUGGGUUCAUAUGACCAACUUAUUCAGCAGUAUCAACAGCAGCAGAACCAGUCGCAAUUCCGCCUUCAGCAAAUGUCAGCCGCAAAUCAGUCUUUUAGGGAUCAGGGCAUGAAGUCCAUGCAAAGUGCGCAAUCUAGUUCAGAUCCAUUUGGUGCACUUGGCUUGUUCAGUGUGGUCCAUAUAAGUGAUCCUGACCUGAAAUAUCUUGCUCAUGGGAUUGAUCUCACAACGCUUGGGUUGAAUUUGAAUUCAUCAGAAAAUCUUUACAAGACUUUUCGAUCACCAUGGUCUGAUGAACCAGCCAAGGGUGAUCCAGAGUUCAGUGUGCUACAAUGUUAUUAUGCUAAACAGCCGCCUGCUCUACAUCAAGGUUAUUUUUUGAAGUUUUCGGUGGAAACAUUGUUUUACAUAUUUUACAGCAUGCCCAAGGAUGAAGCACAACUAUAUGCAGCAAACGAACUUUACAAACGAGGUUGGUUUUAUCAUAAAGAACACCGUUUUUGGUUUAUAAGAGUUGCCAACAUGGAGCCGCUUGUCAAAACAAAUACAUACGAGAGGGGAUCUUACCAUUGUUUUGAUCCAAAUACCUUUGAAACAGUCCGGAAGGAUAAUUUUGUUCUUCAUUAUGAAUUGGUGGAAAAGAGACCGUCUUUACCUCAACGUUAAGGGGGAAAAAAGAAUAUCUUCAAUGUAAAGUUUUUACUUGUGGAUCUAGUUUGUAGGACGCAAGUCAUUUCUCAUCAUUAGUUAUCCUUCAAUUUGGCGUUGAUCUUACAUUCUCUUCAAUCUUGAUGCACUGAGAGAUAUUACUUUUUUUCCCCUCAGCCAUAAUACAGUUAAAAUAAUGGACGUUAGGAUAACCUGGCUGUCUGAAAGUAGCAGAUAUGGAUGACCCAAUGCACAGAGAAAUACACCCCAGAUAGAUUGGAUGCGGUGUUAUUAGUUCUUUACAGCAUACAUGAAAAUUCAACUCUGGAAGGGGGAGUUCUUUUUAAAGAUAAAAGUAAAAAGCAUUAGUUUUGUUAAAAUUUAUCCUCCCUAUUUAUGAUUAAUAUGCUUUACCUUUCAUUCUAAGGUGAACUAUUCACUUUAAGAGAAACACUGGGAAUAUAAUAUGCGACUCUUUCAAGUAGUCUACAAUGUUGUUGAAUUAUAUUGAAUCUUGUGAAGUAAUACAGGUUUCACUUUGUAGAA